UCCCCCUCCCACAGGUGAUCAGAAAGCUUUUCCAGCAAUGACUGCUAUUCAUUAACACUGCACUGCAGCCUUGUAAUGCACUGAAAGCCAGACUGUCAUCUACCUUUAGCCUGACUGUCAUCUAUAAUGUACCCCAGGUCUACAGCCCCCCUGCUCUCAUUUCGAGUUGUACCCAUAAGGCCCUGAAUUGGUACCUCUUUUUUUUUUUUUUUUUUUUUUUAAACAAUAACUCUUUUUUUACAGAUCUGAGGAUUUUAUUCAUUUUUUUUUAAUGUUGGCGUCUUCUUAUCAUGGACAGACAAGGUUUCCUCCUGGUCACCAGUUUAAAGGGAUUGCUGCUUAUCUUGCUUGUAUUUCACGCUAAUGGAGACUCAACACAUCUUUGCGGCAGCAUGAACAUACGCAACGAUGUGUCCCAGUUUCGCAAGCUGGAGAACUGUACGGUCAUUCAGGGUAACCUGCAAAUCCUGCUCAUGUUCGGCACCAAACCGGAAGACUUCCGUGGUUUACGCUUUGAACGCCUGACCAUGAUCACUGAAUACCUACUUUUGUUUCGAGUUUAUGGCUUGGAGAGUCUUCGGGACCUCUUCCCCAAUCUGUCCAUUAUCCGAGGCACAGACCUCUUCUUUCAUUAUUCACUGGUGAUCUUUGAGAUGCCCCAUCUAAGAGACAUUGGCCUUCAUAGCCUCACAAACAUCCUAAAGGGGGAUGUGCGUAUUGAACGCAACCAAGAACUGUGUCACAUUUCCACCAUAGAUUGGAGCCUGUUGUCAGAGUCAGUGGAGAAUAACUACAUCGUAGGUAAUAAGCCUGUGGAGGAAUGUGCUGAUGUCUGUCCAGGCAUACGUGAUUUUGGGGAGUCCUGUGUAAAAACCCAUAUCAAUGGACAUGUUGAGUCUCGCUGUUGGACUUCCACCUCCUGCCAAAAAGUGUGCAAUUGUGGUAAAGACAUUGCCUGCUCCAACACUGGUGAAUGUUGUGACCCUGAGUGCUUGGGUGGCUGUAACAAGGCUGGAGAUCCUCGUGCCUGUGUGGCAUGCCGUAACUUCUAUAUUGAUGAUCAGUGCCUUCCCUCUUGCCCGCCGGGAACGUAUGAGUAUGAAGGUUGGCGUUGCAUUAAAGAGGCUUACUGUGGCAACCUGCGCAAGGAGUCGGAGAGCUCUCAGGAGUCUACCAAGUUUGUCAUCUUUGAAAACCGGUGCCUGUCUGAGUGCCCACCAGGGUACACAAGGAAUGAUAGCAGCAUCUUCUGCCAUAAGUGUGAGGGGCUUUGUCCGAAGACGUGUAAAUCUGGAAACAAAGUUAUAGACUCCCUCGAGGCAGCAAGAGAACUGACUCGUUGCACUUGCAUCGAAGGAAACUUGAUUCUCAACAUUCGCAGAGGAUACAACCUGGCUUCUGAGUUGCAAAAAAGCCUGGGGCUCAUUGAAACCAUCACUGGCUUUCUGAAGAUCAAGCACUCUUUUGCUCUCGUCUCUUUAUCCUUCUUUAAAAGCCUGAAGCUGAUCCGAGGGGAUACCAUGGUUGAUGGGAAUUAUACUUUGUAUGUCUUGGACAACCAAAACCUUCAGCAGCUUUGGACUCCCGGGAGCCUUUCUAUCCCUGUUGGAAAACUGUAUUUUGCUUUCAACCCAAAGCUGUGCCUGUCUGAGAUCUACCACAUGGAAGAGAUCGCUGGAACCAGAGGAAGACAAGACAAAGCUGAUAUCAAUCCACGCACCAAUGGAGAUCGGGCUUCUUGCAACACUCACAUUCUGCGUUUUGUCAGCAACUGGACAGAAGCCGAUCGGAUCAACCUUAAAUGGGAACGUUAUCAGCCUCCUGACUACCGUGACCUGCUGAGCUUUGUCGUACACUACAAAGAAUCGCCAUUCCAGAAUAUAACCGAGUACCUGGGACAGGAUGCGUGUGGAGCCAACAGUUGGAAUGUAGUAGAUGUGGAGCUUCCACUAAACAACGAGCAAGAGCCCGGCGUUACCCUGACAAACCUCAAACCAUGGGUCCAAUAUGCCAUAUAUGUUCGAGCCAUCACUCUAACCACAGAAGAAGGACAGAACUUUGGGGCACAAAGUGAUGUUGUUUAUAUUCGAACAAAACCAGCAGCCCCUACUGUCCCUCAGGAUGUCAUGAUCAUGUCCAACUCUUCCUCACACCUGAUCGUUCGAUGGAAGCCCCCAACUCAGCGCAAUGGUAACCUCACCUACUACUUGGUGCUGUGGCAGCAGAUGGUGGAGGAUAAGGAACUUUACCUGAAUAACUAUUGUACAAAAGGUCUGAAGCUGCCAACCAGCAGUGCAGACACCAGAUUUGAUAAUGAUGAUAAUGGAAAUCAAGAUCCAAACCAGGACACAGAAGAUAAGUGUUGCCCAUGUCAGAAGGAUGGAGGCCUACUCCCAGAGAUGGAUGAAGGCUCUUUUCAGAAAAAGUUUGAGAACUUCCUGCGAAACACUAUCUUCAUUCCAAAGCAUCCCUGGAAAGUGACAUUAAUCAACAAGGACAAUCAGAGGCCUGCAAAGAAACGGAGAGAUGUGUCAGGAAUGAAUCCUGAAGUUCUUAGCAACACUUCCCUACCAGAAGGAACUGUGAGCCAUACCAUCAAUCACACAGGGGUCGAAUCAAAGCCCUAUUCCUAUAAAGACAAGGUUUUUCGAGAUAGAAUGGUUAUUUCAAACCUAAGACACUUCACCGAGUAUCGGAUAGACAUACACGCCUGCAACCACGCAGCUGACAUUGUUGGGUGCAGUGCAGCCACCUUUGUUUUUGCUAGGACCAUGCAGGACCCUCUCGCUGAUAACAUUGUUGGGAAUAUCACUUGGGAAGUCACAGUGAAAAAUAAUAUCCUGAUGAAGUGGGAAGAACCAAAAAAUCCCAAUGGAUUAAUCCUAAAAUACGAGAUUAAGUACAAACGCGAUCACGAGGAAGGGCCUUCAACUGUGGUGUGUGUGUCCCGCCAAAAAUUCCAGUUAAAUAAAGGCACCUAUCUCACUCUGCUGCAACCUGGAAAUUAUUCUGCUCGUAUCAGAGCCACCUCAUUGGCGGGGAAUGGAUCUUGGACAGAACCAGUUGUAUUUUUCAUUCUUGGUCCUGAGGAACCAUCUGAAAACUUGUAUUUGCUCCUCAAAAUCAUGCCCAUUUUUCUUUUGGUGGUCAUUGCAUUUCUGGCCGUAUUCAUCUUCUUUUAUAAUAAAAAAGGAAACAACAAUGGAUACCCUAAUGGAACAUUAUAUGCUUCUGUUAAUCCAGAGUAUUUUAAUGCUUCUGACAUGUAUGUUGCAGAUGAAUGGGAGUUCCCAAGAGAGAACAUCACUAUCAUCAAGGAACUGGGCCAAGGCUCUUUUGGAAUGGUCUAUGAGGGCGUUGCCAAGGACAUUGUCAAGAAUGAACCUGUAACCCAAGUGGCCUUGAAAACCGUAAAUGAACUGGCAACAACGAGGGAGCGCAUUGAAUUUCUUAAUGAGGCCUCUGUCAUGAAAGCGUUUCUGUGCCACCAUGUGGUUCGAUUGCUUGGAGUGGUGUCACAAGGACAACCUGCUCUGGUUAUCAUGGAGUUGAUGACAAGGGGAGACCUGAAGAGCUACGUACGUUCCUUAAGGCCAGAUGAGGAGAAUAACAACCCUGGUAACCAGCCAUCUCUUAAGCAAAUGAUCCAGAUGGCGGGAGAAAUAGCCGAUGGCAUGGCCUACUUGACUGCAAAAAAGUUUGUUCAUCGGGAUUUGGCUGCCCGUAACUGCAUGGUGUCUGAAGAUCUCACAGUAAAGAUUGGAGAUUUUGGCAUGACCAGAGAUAUUUAUGAAACCGACUACUAUCGUAAAGGUGGCAAGUCGCCGCUUCCCGUCAGAUGGAUGUCCCCGGAAUCUCUAAAAGAUGGUAUCUUUACAACCCAUUCAGAUGUAUGGUCAUUCGGUGUUGUGCUGUGGGAAAUAGCCACACUGGCAGAGCAGCCCUAUCAGGGAAUGGCGAAUGAGCAGGUCCUUCAUUUUGUGAUUGACAAUGGGAUCUUGGAGAAGCCAGAGAACUGCCCUGAUAGACUCCAUGCGUUAAUGCGUUGGUGUUGGCAGAAGAAUCCAAAGCAUCGGCCAUCCUUCAUCCAGAUCCUAGAGAGUAUAAAAGAUGAGUUGCAUAGUAGUUUCCAGCAAGUGUCCUUCUUCAACAGCAAGGAGUGUAAGCGAAGGGGUUCAACGGAGACAUCUGAUACAGAAGUAGACCAAUCUUUGAAUAACCUCUUGGAUCAGACUCCAUCGCCUUCUUUUACUAACUGUUCCUCGCCAACCAAUUCAGAAAAAAGCAACUCUCUAAAAGCCAUAGCCGCCAAAAGAGAUUCUAGUAAAAACAAGAACUGCUAUCAUAUGAACGGCCAUGCAAAGCUCUGAUAAAAGUAUUGCAUAGACUUUUUUUUAACUGUUUUAUGAAGGACUCAACGCGUUUAUAAAUGUAGCUUUUACUAGAGUGUGACACCAAUGAUUCUAAUGACAUUCUAUAAACAUCAGAUGGAAGCACUACGACCGACAGAUGUAACCUUCAUCGCGUCUGGUAUUCCUAUUCCGAUUGCUGAAAGCAAAAAGGUUAUUUUUAAGGUUAGUCUCAAAAGGUGUCCAUUUGGUAGAUCUGGAGAACAGGUCUAGUGUUUUUUUUUUAUUAUUAUAAUAUGGAUACAUUUUAUUUCGAUGUGGUCCUGUCAGAAGGACAAUUCAGGUGCUAGGGUUUUCAUGUGACUUGUGCAUGUAUGAUAAUUCCAGACCAAAAUGGGACAUUCCAGCUGGUGGUUUAAGAAUGG